AUGCUCGGUUCACAAACAUGGAUCGCCGUAGUUGGGGUUCCCAGUUUUAUAAUUGCCGGGUUUAUCGCCUCGCGGAAGCGUUUAGCGUAUCAGUGGAAGGAAGAAUUGAUGGAUUUCGAAUCGGAGGCUUAUCCAUCUCUCACAGAUGAGCAUAUGCGAUUUCUCUCUGGCAUUUCGCCUGAUUCGCUCGUUAGCGAAGCUGAGACUUCUGCGAACCCCAAGGGAGUUGACGGCGCCUUUGGAAUUCCCCUUUCGAGGGAGGAAAAUAUUGGACUUCGCGUGGAAAGUGAGUUUUUAGCCCCUCACGAGGCAAAUGUGUUUCUGAAUCAAGUACGGUUGUGGUCUGAGAAGUUUGGAUGUGGCUUGGAUCCUCGCAAGGUGAACUUUUUCGAGACACAGAUGGAUCAAGUUCGGAUUUCCGAAAGAGGGGAUUCCCACACAGGAGAUUCCAAGCCUAAAGCAGGGAUGAGUGGUUGCUUACAAUCAUCAUGGGCGUGGCUACGGCGGAGGAAAAGCGAAAACGUAGUAAGAGCGCUCUCUGAAGAGUUGGAUAGCAGCUUUUUUUCUCAAAUUCGCGUGAUAUCUGAUCAUCCGGAGAGCAAUCAGCCUGUAAAGGCUCCCUGGGGAAGUGGUGAUCACAUGCGAUUUGACUUAAUGCCUGCGUCGCUGCGGAAUAUCGUGCAUCGUGUGCAGAACGCCUGCCCUGGUAUUGGUAGGCUUCGCCAUGUCUACAUUGAAUACUCUCCUAAGGGUUCCUUUUACCAUGAGCCGACCUCACCCAAACAUUACGACGGUCAUGAUUACGUUAUUAUCCCGCUCCGUCAGAAUACAGCGCAGAUGGUGAUGACCUUUUCUCCAUUGAUGCGCUCACGCUUUUCAAGCUUGCGGGAUGUUAUGCGAAUGACUUGGACGAAUCGCGAUCUUGAUUGUCUUCUACCGCAUGGGAGUUUGUUGAGGGUGUGCGGCGUAGCGAGGUAUGAGUGGGGGUGGAGUGUGCGACCGGGGGCGGUGUGGUUUGGCAGCCGCCUAAAUAAGGUUCCACCUACGACCCCUCCUACAAUUACCUCCUCUUCGCCUGGGAUGAUAUUGACUUUUCUAAAAUCCCUGCAUAGGGUUGUAAGAUCGCCAUCUUUGAUAUUGUCAGCCUUUGGGGAAUCAUAUUCAGAUUAUCAACAAUCCAUUAGCAGGUGCAUUAAGGGGGUACAGCGCCAGGAUAGCGACGCGGCUCUAAUUGUGUUGCAUUUUGAAGGACCAAGAUCGAAAAAGAAGCAGCGUUCAAUGUUUAUGGAGCCAGAGAUAUUCAUUUUUGGAAAGGCGCCGACAGUUGAUACCUUUGAGACGUGGUCAGAUAACCAACCUACUGAAGAAAGUGUUCGAAAGGUCGGUGUAUUUCGCUUCAUGCUAAGGAACUACUUCAAUAUGCUGGAUUUCUAA